ACAGGAAUAUUCAUUUCCCCUUCUUUUUCAUUUGGGAGCUCAGGAGUUAACCGGUAAGCCCUGGAACUGUCUGGCAACAAUUCUGCCUCUGUAGCUUUGGGACCACGUGCUCCAGGAAGCCGAGACCAACCGAGAGAAAGAGAAAGAAAGAGGAACAGAGAGGCUGGAAAAGGACGAGAAGACCCCUCAUCCCGCCCUGGUGCUCCUGCAGGACCGGAUUGAACAGAACAGCUCCCUUGGCCCCAAGGAAGAAGGCAGGGCUUGAUCUCCAGGGGAGAAGAAAAGGCAUUGACGUGACCUGCUUCUAUUUUGAAGAUGACCAAAAAGCCUUCGCUGGUGGUGUUUGACCUAGGUAAGAGCGAGAAGUCUGUUUCCCCCAUUGAGUUUCAUCAGACAUUAAGCCCAAUCUACACUGACAUUGUGUCUAUUGAAUAUUCCAUUGAUUAUUGGCAUAAAAGGUGUUGAUGCUGUGCAAUCUUCCCAGAGCAAAAUUCAGCCAUUGGAGAAAAAUAUGAAUGGUCAAAGCGGGGUUCGGAUUCUGAUCGGGGAAGGAAUCCAAAGUGAAUUAAUCUCUGUAUCCCGUACAGAUUAUACCCUGUGGCCGUUUUGGGUUGACACCCAUGUGGAUCCUCCAUUCAAGAAAAACAGUGAUGGCUCAAUACGAGAUCGGAACGGACAACUUGUGAAUCUCUACCCCGAAGUGCGGGCUGUAUUGGAAAGAUUGCACAGCGAGGGGAUCCCUAUGGCUGUUGCUUCGCGGACAGGUGAGAUCCGAGGGGCGACUCAGCUCUUAGAUCUUCUGAGCCUCAGUAGCUACUUCCGCUGCACAGAGAUCUACCCCGGCAGCAAAGUCACCCAUUUCCAAAGGUUGUCUCAACAGAGCGGGGUCCCUCUUUGCCAGAUGCUCUUCUUUGACGAUGAAAGCCGUAAUAUUUAUGAUGUCAGCAAAUUAGGGGUGACAUGCAUUCUGGUCUCAAACGGCAUGAAUCUUUCGCUCCUCAACCGCGGCUUGGAAGCCUUUGCUCAUUCCUGAACCUUGAUGCACUUUUGCUAGAACCGGGCUUCUUCCCUUCUUGCGCGGAAUGUGCAAAAGUGUUGACAUGCCGUCAAUAAACUCUACGUGUGUUUUUCUCCGCAA